UGUCGUGUCUGCACCCAAACAGAAGAGAAGGUUCGACUGCAAAGCGCGCGUCGUAACCAUUUUCAGCCUUUCACUGUUACUGUCAGGACUCAGCUGCUUUGUGGAAGGGGCGCUUUUGUCCUAGCCUAGUAGCAGUGCUUUUCCGGCCAUACAGCCGGUGUUUGGGAAGACGCAGGAAGUUGGCUUGAAACGAGACGUAAUCUGCUGGUCGUGCGUAACUAGCUUGGAGCGAUGGGUUCUUACAGGGGACCCAUCCUGACAAACGGUGCUGGACACCCCGUCUCCGAUGAUAACAACAGUGUGACCAUCGGCGAGACUGGAAGCAUCCUUCUUGAGGAUUUCCACUUGCUGGAUAAGCUUGCACAUUUUGACAGGGAGCGGAUUCCUGAGAGAGUGGUACAUGCUAAGGGAGCAGGUGCCCAUGGUUACUUCGAGGUCACACACGAUGUCUCUGACAUCUGCAAGGCCAAGUUUCUGGACCGGGUUGGAAAGAGGACCCGCUGCUUUACGCGCUUCUCCACUGUCGGCGGCGAGUCUGGCUCUGCAGACACUGCCCGUGAUCCCAGAGGUUUCGCCGUGAAGUUCUACACUGAGGAGGGCAUCUACGACCUGGUUGGAAACAACACUCCAGUCUUCUUCAUCCGCGACCCCCUCAAGUUCCCAGAUUUCAUCCAUACCCAGAAGAGGAACCCCGAGACGCACCUGAAGGACCCGGACAUGUUCUGGGACUUCCUGUCUCUGGUGCCUGAGUCCGUGCAUCAGGUGAUGAUCCUGUUCUCGCCACGUGGUACUCCUGAUGGCUACCGCUUCAUGAACGGUUACGGCAGCCACACCUUUAAGUGGGUGAACGACCACGGCAAGGCUCACUGGGUGAAGAUCCACUACAAGACUGACCAGGGCAUCAAGAAUUUGACCACGGAGCAGGCCGAUCAUCUGGCUGGCAGUGAUCCAGACUAUGCUACCCGCGACCUUUCCAAUGCUAUCAAGAGAGGAGAGUACCCAUCUUGGACCUUCUACGUCCAGGCGAUGCCCCUGGAGGACGCCGAGAGGUUCGACUGGGACCCCUUCGACCUGACCAAGGUGUGGCCUCACAAGCAGUACCCGCUGCGCCAGUUUGGGCGCAUGGUUCUGAACCGCAACCCAGCCAACUACUUUGCGGAGGUGGAGCAGGCGGCGUUCUCCCCCGCGCACAUGGUGCCCGGGAUUGAGCCCUCGCCGGACCGCAUGCUGCAGGGCCGCCUGUUCAGCUACGAUGACACGCACCGCCACCGCCUGGGGCCAAACUACCUGCAGAUCCCCAUCAACCGCCCGAUCAACCCCCAGAGCAACCACCAGCGUGACGGGCUCAUGACGGUGAACGAGAACGGCGGGGCCAUGCCCAAUUACUUCCCCAACUCGGUGGAGGGCACUCCGGCGCCGCAGCCGCAGCGUCCCGACGUCCACAUGUACCAGUCCAAGGGCGGGGCCAUCGGGCGCAAGGUGUUCAAGAAGUGGCAGGAGCAGGACGACUACUCGCAGCCGGGGGCGCUCUUCCGGCUCAUGCCCAAGAAUGAGCAGGACCAGCUGAUUGCGAACCUCGCGGGCCACAUGAGCGCAGCCAAGGAGCACAUCCGCAGGCGGGAGAUCGAAGUUUUCAGACGCUGCGAUGCGGAGCUGGGCAGGAGACUGGACCAGGCCAUUGCAGACAAAGUCCGCGGGGCCAGCCAUGUCAGUGUCAAUGCAGGGAACUUUGCAGUCGCCAACCUGUAAACGGCAGGUCCUCGGGACACUCAGGAUGCAUCUGGAAAGCAGAGUCAUUGAAGUCGAGCAUGGUGGCAAUGGGAUAGCCAGAGGCAAAGAUUGAGUCGCAGUUACGUUCAAGGCAGAGACGCCUACUGUAUCAUGCAAUCCGUGUAGUAGCAGCUAGACAACUUUGGAAUGUAGAUUUCGAUGUUUGCAUGUGUCCUGUUCAUCCUGUUCGGAGGGCAUGGCUCCACUCAGACUGCAGACAACUAAAAUCGGUUUGACGUUUGUCCCGUCACAGUUUGUCAACACUGAUUCAACUGAUUGCAUCUUGAGAGAAACUCUGUUCACCGUUUGCAUACAUACCAUAGUGGAAAGGUAUGAAUCCGAAUGGUCGAAAAUGGUAAUUAUUCUAUUGAAUACGACCUCUUUUUCCGAU